AUGGUGUCAACCCCUGAAUUAAAGAAAUAUAUGGAUAAAAAGGUCUUAUUACAAAUAAAUGGUUCAAGAAAAGUUGCCGGUAUACUUCGAGGUUAUGACAUCUUUUUAAACAUUGUGCUGGACGAUGCCUUCGAACUUUCUAAGAAUGACUCAAAUAUUCCAUUAGGAUCACAAACCGUUAUAAGGGGAAAUUCAAUUGUGGCUAUGGAAGCUUUGGAUUCCAUAAAUUAA